AUGGACAUCUCUCAACUCUCAACCCAGCUCACCGAAGCACCAACCCCCUUCCCAAAUUGUUGUCUAUCAAUCUCCAGCACCCUAAUAGCCCACCUAGCAUGGCUCCUCCCUAAGAGACCCGCGUUCACCCUAUCAAUAGGCUGUGGAUCUGGUCUCCUGGAAGCUCUGAUACUACAUAACCACCCCAACGUCCAAACCACGGGAAUAGAAGUCUCCACGUCAGUCAACCGCUACCUUGCAGAAGAGGACUUCGACAUGGUCAGCGGGACUUGGGAUCUGUAUGCGCGUGCGCCGCAGGCGGCAGCAUGGAUGUUUGUUUACCCGCGUGAACCGAAGCUGGUUAGCAAGUAUAUUGAAAUGUACGGCGAUGGACCUGAGUCGUCAGUGCAGAUGAUUGUGUGGUUAGGACCUCGUGCGGAUUGGGCUGAUUAUGAGCCGUGCUUUCGCAAUUCGUCGUUCUCGGACGUGUGUAUUCCUGAGGAUGUGGGGAUGAUGGAAUUUGAGAUGUUGGCUGUUAUGCGCAGGAGGUAG